AAAAAAAGAUUUGGUACACAAGUGGUUAACACCUCCAGGUCGCACGUGACGUCAUUCACCCAAAACAGCGGAGUCAGACUGGCAGCAGGCGCACGUAACAGCAAGCUGCUGCCUGAGAGUGUUUCUAUGUCUACAAAUUUCGCUGCUUCACUAUUCUGGGCUAAGCCCAGCGCCGCCGCUCCCAUAACGCGCAUCGCUCUGCCGUGAUACGCGCCGACACAUCCGCGCACACAGGUGAGCACACUCACUCGAAAAACUCACUAGCACCCCCCCGUCGACAACGCUCGCACUGGCUAAGCCCCGGAUGUAUCCAAAUCCUAGAGACGCGCCUGCCAUGGAGCACACGAGAAGGUUUCUCAUUGAAUUGUAGAACUAAACAGUGCGGCAUUCGCGAGGACAGCUGCGUGUUCUCUUGCUAUUAUCAACAUCUGCCGUAACUACGACAACAACAGACGCAUUCGACCGAAGGUCGCCAGUUAACAGGGUCUCAGGUUGAACCGUAACACCGGCCCUGGGUGAGCGCGUGCACAGCCUGUGCACGUGGAGGCCAUUCACUUUACAGAAUCAUGUGAAGCGAUAACAAUGUUAGUAUACUGACUUGUCUCUGGUAAUAAAUGCUGCUGAAAGGUUUUUUGAUCAUAAAAUAAAAAAAACUGCAGCCUGUGCAAUCUCCGUGAUUAGGUUCCUUUGUGGAGCUCCGUGUGGGGAUCGCCUCUGACCGGGGGCAGACGGCUGCUCCCAGAGGGGCGGAGUCUAAACCCGAGCGAGCAGCUCCUAUUCCUAAUGCCUUUCCUAUUGUAAUGAGCCGGUCACAGAGGCGAGGGAGGAGAAUCUGACCGGUUACCGGAUGACCAGAGAGUGACACUGUGCCAGUGCGGCGGCGUUCCGGUUCCUCCAGCUAGUCACAGACUCAGAAGCAGCUCUUCUCUCUCUCUCUCUCUCUCUCUCUCUCUCUCUCUCUCCCUCGCUCUCUCUCCCUCUCCCUAUAUAAAUCUCUCCACUAUGACUGAGAAUAAAGGGAAAUUUGACUUUGCCAUCGACCGGGGUGGCACCUUCACCGAUGUGUUUGCCCGGCUGCCUGAUGGUCGAGAGAGAGUCUUGAAACUGCUGUCCUGGGACCCCCAGAACUACAAAGAUGCUCCCACUGAGGGGAUCCGCAGAGUCCUGGAGGAGGAAACAGGGCGGGUCUUUCCUCGGGAGCAGCCCGUAGACACCGCUCUGAUUGGCUGGAUCCGAAUGGGCACAACGGUGGCAACCAACGCUCUCCUGGAGAGAGAGGGAGAAAGGACCGCGCUGCUGGUCACCCUGGGCUUCAAGGAUUUGUUGCACAUCGGCACGCAGGCCAGGCCCAAACUAUUUGAUUUGGAGGUGGUGGUUCCUGAAGUGCUGUAUGAAGAGGUAAUAGAGGUGGAUGAGCGAGUUGUUCUCAAGCAAGAUGGCUGCCAGCUGCCCAGAAAAGAUCCCAAACGUAUUGUCACAGGCAGUACAGGAGAUUCUCUGGAGGUGUGGAGGGAGCUCGAUCUUGAGCGAGUAGAAAAAGACCUCAGGGGAAUUCUGUCUCGCGGGAUAACCAGUCUUGCCGUCCUUCUGCUGCACUCAUACACAUUUUCUGAUCAUGAGAAAGCAGUGGGCGCCCUGGCACGCCGUCUGGGCUUCACCCAGGUGUCUCUGUCCAGUGAGGUCAUGCCCAUGGUGCGGGCGGUGCCUCGGGGCUACACUGUCUGCGCCGACGCCUACCUCACACCCAAAAUCCAUCAGUAUUUAAAAGGCUUUACCUCUGGGUUCAAGGGUGGACUGAAGGAUGUGGACGUCCUGUUCAUGCAGUCAGAUGGCGGUCUGACUCCCAUGGAGCAGUUCUGCGGUUCGCGGGCCGUUCUAUCUGGCCCAGCGGGAGGGGUGGUGGGCUACGCCAUCACUUCAUACAGCCAAACGGAGAAAAAACCUGUGAUUGGCUUUGACAUGGGUGGAACAUCCACUGAUGUCAGUCGGUACGCUGGCCAGUAUGAACACGUGUUUGAGGCGACCACAGCCGGAGUCACCCUGCAGGCGCCGCAGUUGGACAUCAACACUGUGGCUGCAGGCGGAGGGUCGCGGCUCUUCUUCAGAUCAGGGAUGUUUGUGGUUGGACCAGAGUCUGCAGGUGCACAUCCAGGACCAGCCUGUUACCGGAAAGGCGGCCCUCUGACUGUCACCGAUGCUAACUUAGCCCUGGGUCGACUCCUCCCGUCCUUCUUCCCAAAGAUCUUUGGGCCAGGGGAGAAUGAGCCACUGUCAUUGGAAGAAACCAUGAAUCAGUUCCAUCAUCUGAGCCAGGAGAUCAACCUCUUCUUGUCUUCUAACCAAUCACAGGUUAGCGCAAAUGGAGCUGGCAACAGCAAGUCACAGAUGAGUGUGGAGGAGGUUGCCAUGGGAUUCAUUCGUGUUGCAAAUGAGGCCAUGUGCCGGCCAAUCAGAGCACUGACACAGGCUAAGGGCCAUGAUACAUCUCAGCACGUGUUGGCAUGCUUCGGGGGUGCAGGUGGUCAACAUGCCUGUGCUAUUGCCCGAGCCUUGGGGAUGAAGUCUGUCUUCAUACACAAAUACAGCGGCGUGCUGUCCGCUUAUGGUCUGGCUCUAGCUGACGUGGUGGAGGAGGUGCAGGAGCCGUGCUCGCUUCAGUACGAGCAGCGCUCCUUCGACAAGCUCGAUGGGAGGGUGGAGCAUCUCUCGAAGCGCUGCCACGACACACUUUGCGCACGCGGUUUCACCAGUCAGAUAACCACUGAGAUCUUCCUCCACCUGCGUUACAAGGGCACUGACUGCGCUCUCAUGGUUACCGCUGCCGGUUACCCCGCCGACGCCGAGUCCUGCCUCGCUGGAGACUUCCGCAGUGCCUUCACCAAGCGUUAUCUGAAGGAGUUUGGAUUCACCAUCCCAGAAAGAGCCAUCAUGGUUGAUGACAUCAGAGUGAGGGGUUGUGGGAAAUCUGGUAUCAAAUCUGUGUUCAAAACAAAGACGAGGCUUGGACAGGCCAAACCAGUCACGAUGACCAAGUGUUACUUUGAGGAAGGUUACCUGGACACCAGUGUGUAUCUAUGGGAGGAGCUGCCAUGUGGUCAUCGUAUCCAGGGACCAGCCAUCAUUAUUGACAAGAACAGUACCAUCCUGGUGGAGCCGUGCUGUGAGGCCCAUCUAACAGAAGGGGGCGACAUUUGUAUGACUGUGAGCUCUGACCCUCACUGCGCUCUGGGCACUGAGCUCAACACUGUGCAGCUCUCCAUCUUCUCUCACCGCUUCAUGAGCAUCGCAGAACAGAUGGGUAGAGUCCUCCAGAGAACCUCCAUCUCCACCAACAUCAAGGAACGGCUCGACUUCUCCUGUGCUGUGUUCGGACCAGACGGCGGUUUAGUGUCCAAUGCACCUCAUAUCCCCGUUCACCUGGGGGCCAUGCAGGAGACCGUCCAGUACCAGCUCAGAUCAUUGGGGAACGAGCUGAAAGAAGGCGAUGUGAUUCUGAGCAACCACCCGUGUGCCGGGGGCAGCCACCUGCCAGACCUCACAGUCAUCACACCGGUGUUUUGGAAAGGAGUGAGCAGGCCGGUGUUCUUUGUCGCCAGCAGAGGGCACCAUGCUGACAUUGGUGGCAUCACGCCAGGCUCCAUGCCCCCCCAUUCCACCACCCUUCAGCAGGAGGGGGCAGUGUUCACCUCCUUUAAACUUGUCACUGGCGGCGUCUUUCAGGAAGAGGCUCUAACUGAAGCUCUGAUGGCUCCGGCCCAGUACCCAGACUCCUCUGGGACUCGUAAUCUCCAUGACAACCUGUCAGAUCUGCGGGCUCAGGUGGCGGCCAAUCAGAGAGGCAGCCAGCUGGUGGGGGAGUUGAUUGACAGCUACGGGUUAGCUGUGGUCCAGGCCUACAUGGGAUACAUUCAGAGUAACGCAGAGCUGGCAGUGAGGGACAUGCUGAGAGACUUUGCUCGUCGUCGACGGCAACAGACUGGCUCCUUGGAGGUGGAGUCGGAGGAUUUCAUGGAUGAUGGGACAGCAAUCAGACUGCGGGUUCAGAUUAAUGAGGAAGAGGGCAGUGCGGUGUUUGACUUCACAGGGACGGGGACAGAGGUUUGGGGGAACUGCAAUGCUCCACGCGCCAUCACCCUUUCAGCCCUCAUCUAUUGCCUGCGCUGCAUGGUGGGAGAGGACAUUCCACUUAAUCAGGGAUGCCUUGCACCAGUCACAAUCAUCAUACCCCCUGGCUCAAUCCUUCAGCCUUCCCAGAAUGCAGCUGUGGUGGGAGGAAAUGUACUCACAUCCCAGAGAGUGGUCGAUGUCAUAUUUAGGGCAUUUGAGGUGUGCUCUGCUUCACAGGGCUGCAUGAACAACAUUUCAUUUGGCAAUGAGAGUAUAGGUUACUACGAGACAGUUGCUGGGGGAGCAGGGGCGGGGCCAGGCUGGAAGGGGCGGAGUGGCGUUCACAGUCACAUGACCAACACCCGCAUCACUGACCCCGAGAUUCUGGAGAAGAGAUAUCCCGUCAUUUUAGAGCAGUUCUCUCUGCGGCCCGGCUCCGGGGGUGCAGGAAAAUACUGUGGGGGAGACGGUGUGGUCCGGAAACUUCUGUUCAGGAACAAGGUGGUUCUCUCUGUCCUGACCGAGAGGCGCUCCACCCGUCCCUACGGCCUCCAGGGGGGUGAGGACGGAGCAUCAGGGCUGAACCUGCUUCACAGAGCGGACGGUCGAGUCCUCAACCUGGGUGCCAAAACCAGUGUCGACCUUCAGCCCGGGGACAUGUUCUGCCUCUACACCCCUGGAGGAGGGGGCUACGGAGGAGAGGAGGACACAACCAGCCGACCCCAGACCAAGCAAAGGCGUCUGAAUGAGUCUUUCCCUGAGAGAGGCAGUGUCUUUGAAUACCGAAUGGCACAAGAGGGUGUGUGAAAAUUAAUAAGGAGAGGGAGAGCUGACGGACAAGCCAGAAGAGGAGAAGAAGGAAUGAGGUGGGCGAAAAAACAGAAACGGCAAAAAAAUACCGAGGAAAGAAAGUGGUAACGAGUUGGUACUCGUUGCAACAACUAUCAUUAAAGUCCACAUCCCUAUAACAGAAAUUAUUACAAUAACACUGUUUAGCAGAAUAUGUGUGCUAACAUACUGAUUCAAAAGACUGAUAGCUCAUUAAUCACAUUUGUGUGAUGGACAAAUAAGAUGUGUUGCUCAGUUAAAUGUAACAUUCCAAUGGUUAGUUUCAAUGUAUUUCUGAUGAGGAAAUAAGAUUUUAUAAUUAGUUUCUGAUAAUACAUAUCCCAGUAAACAAAUUAAGGAGCGACACAUUUGCCAUGGAAGGUAAGACAGUGUGUAUUUGUUUGGCUUUAAUAAAUGACAUCUCAUCUAACUCUGUAAGAGAGAAGCCAAACAUGUGAAGCAGCUGCUAAAGUGCUUUAACUGGAACAACCACUUAUCUAACACCUCAAAGUGCGGUUACUGUUCUUCUGUUAUUUUAAUAGGACAGACGAAUAAACCACAUUUGUACUUUU